AGCGCCCCCGAUAAAUAACACCGGCGCGCGGGGCGCUUGCUGCCCACCUACCACUCCUCCCGGCCUCGUCCUUCGACCCACCCCGCCGGCCGCCUGCAGUGCCAUUGCCAAGCUUCCUACGCAGCAGCAUCCCCGGCCGCCCCAAUCCGUCGGACCAACAACAAUGGAGCGGCUGCUGUGGGCGUCGACGCAAGCGCUCGGCUGCGGCGGCGGCAAGCGUGGGAAGGGCGACGACGACGACGGGCUGCUGGUGGACCCGAUGGGCACGGUGGGGCAGCUGGGCGAGUGGCUGUGCCGGGCCGCGCUGCAGCCGCCGCCGCCGCCGCGGGUGUGCGGCUCCCCCGGUGGCCCGCCCGUGACGGCGCGCCGGGUGCGCCUCCGCGACGGCCGCCACCUCGCCUACGAGGAGUCCGGCGUGCCCAGGGAGGCCGCGCGCUACAGGAUCGUCUUCUCCCACGGCUUCUCCGGCUCGCGCCUCGACAGCCUCCGCGCCUCACAGGAAGUGGCGGAGGAGCUGGGCGUGUACAUGGUGGCGUUCGACCGGGCCGGGUACGGCGAGAGCGACCCGAACCCUGCCCGGUCCGUGCGGAGCGCGGCGCUGGACAUGGAGGAGCUGGCGGACGCGCUGGGCCUCGGCGACAAGUUCUACGCCGUGGGGGUCUCCCUGGGCUGCCACGCCGUGUGGGGCGCGCUCCGGCACAUCCCGCACCGGCUGGCGGGCGCCGCCAUGCUGGCGCCCGUGGUCAACUACUGGUGGCCGGGGCUCCCCGCGGAGGCCUCGGCGGCGGCGUACGCGCGGCAGGCGCGGGGGGACCAGUGGGCGCUGCGCGUGUCGCACCACGCGCCGGGGCUGCUCCACUGGUGGAUGCGUCAGGGGUGGCUGCCCACCUCCACCGUCGUCGACAACACCACGCACCUCCCCAACAGGCGCGACGCCGAGACCCGCGCCGCGCUCGCCGCCGACGGCACGCUGCGGAGGAAGCGGGACGCCGCCACGCAGCAGGGCAUCCACGAGUCCUACUACAGGGACAUGACGGUGAUGUUCGGCAGGUGGGAGUUCGACCCCAUGGCGCUGCCGGAGCCGACGUGCCCCGUCCACCUGUGGCAGGGCGACGAGGACGGCCUCGUCCCGGUCGUCCUGCAGCGCCACGUCGCUGGCAGCCUCCCGUGGGUGAACUACCACGAGCUCCCCGGCACCGGACACUUCCUGUCCGCCGUCCCCGGACUCGGGGACACCGUUCUCCGGACACUCUUCGGUUAGUCAGCCGCCGCAAAGCCGUGGUAGCAUCGACGAAUGAAGUACAGAAACGAGGCCUUGCUUGCUAGCUUUAGAACGAUGCAAAGUACAGUAAUACAGUAUUACUGUAUUUGAUCAUGUGACUCAUGAUAAAUGGGACAUUUAGAUUUUAUUCUUUAUUUCUUUUGUAAAAUUUGCUGCAAUUAAGCACCUGAAAAAUGAAAAUUCUUCAACAGAGUAAUAGUAUACCGUUCUUUUUCA